AUGGUGACUCUGCACAGUGAUGGAGGCCUUGGUGAACACGAUUGGCUCAUUACUCGCACGGGCUUGCCUUCAGUGGAGGACAUUCUUACUGAGGCCGAGCCGAUCAAUGAGUUUGUCUGUCCUCCAAUUGAAUUACCUUCCUGUUUCUCACGACGAUACUUGAUGAUGAUGAAUGCCCUGACCAUGGGAAGGAAAAUCACCGAAUGGGAAAAAAAGGUAAUUUUUUCGAGGUUGAAGAAAAGCCCUCCUUUGAUUGAGGAGGAAUUUCAAAGACGUCUUAGUGCGGUUCAUGCGCGUAAUACGAGUGAAUACCUACACGACAUACAACUUCGUGGUGCGACACGGGUAGCCGUUAAGCAAGAGGAGCAUUACCUGGAAUAUGAAAAAGGAAGAACACACAGGGAGGCUGCAUUUGCUCGUCACAAAAACUUGACGUCUAUUUUGCGAGAAGAAGUAAAAACUGUUAGGGCAAGGCAGUGGUGCACCAUCGUAUUAUCCCACAUGUUUCUUACUGCCUUAAUGAAGGAGAGGCGCAUUCAUGAAGCGUAUGAAAAGAUUUCCUGGAUGCUACUUCCUGUCAUUAAGCGUCGUGCAGCCGUUAAGGAGAAGCAAGCAAAGGCGGAAAUGUUAACCCGAAUGAAUAGGGAUAAUAUACCAUUUCCUUCACCAGCUGUGAUUUAUAGCAUGUACGGAACCUUUUUUAAUGGAUGGCCACCUCGUCUUUUGGAAAUGCUGGCACGGAAAGGGAAGCCUCUUUUUCUCAAAGCAGGAACCUUUUUGAUGCAUGAAGGCGACUUGGAUCGUUGUAUGUACAUGAUCACCACGGGCCGCGUAAGCGUCAUUUUGAAUGAUCGCUCCAAAGGCAAAAAACGAACAAAAGAGUGCAGCAAGGCUUGUUUCGAACUCAAUCCACCGUGCUACGUGGGAGAAUUUGCUCUGGUAUGUAAGGAGCCUCGAAGUGCGUCUAUUCAGUGUGAAACCGAUAUGGGUGCCUGGGCGGUUUCCCCCGAGGACUACGAAGACGUCGCGCAGCAUUUGAGUGCAGAGGUGGCAAGUAAACAACGAGAAGCGACAGACGUUCGUCGGCGAGCAAACUUGCAAAAGUUUUUUCCUCUUCGUGUUGAACUUCUUCGUCAAUUUCCAUAUUUUGAGAAAUUUAGUGCUGAGGCUCUUAAUAAAAUUAUUUCUGCUGUGGAACCCAUAGUGCUUCACGACGGAGAUCAUCUCUAUUCAAAGUCCGAUAUGGAUUCGUCGGCCUACUUUAUUCAGGAUGGCGUUGCCAUCCUCUUGGAAGAGGACGGAACUCGUCAUUACAUUCCACGUGGCAGCUGUGUGGGGAUAUUCGAAUGCGCCUGCAGUGUCAAUGAGCGUAAACGGUGCUCCAUCAUAAGCAAAAAUUACUGCGAUAUUUGGCGCAUGCGGCGUGAGGUUCUUAUUGACGUUGGCAUGAGCGAACCGGCCGCCUUUUUAUAUUGCCGCAGUGCUGCCAAGUCUCAACGCGCAAAUGAGGUGAUAAAACCCACAACGACGCCCUGUUCAGUACGAAAAGAUCCAUACCUCAUGUUUUGCCUCACACGUCAUUUAAUGAACCGAUUGUGGGAAGCUGCACUGCCAGUGAUUUACCUCAACGACGAAAAACUUGUGGUUCAAGGGCAACCUUUUCAACAGUUUAUUAUAUUGCAUAGCGGCGUCUUUGAAACAACUUUUAUUGCUGGAAACGGUGAGCAUCAUACAGUGCGUAUCACUGUUAAUGGCGAGACUACUGCCAUGGAGGUUCUUUCUGGCUCAGUCGACAAUGUUUUCAGUAAAGGAAGUGAUAACAUUGCCAAAACCUUUUUUAGUUUGGUUUUGGGAGCCUAUGAGUGUGCCUCUUCGAUGUCACAGUACUGCUCUACAGUAACGAGUUAUGGGCUUUCGGAGGCUUUUGUUGUGGAGCGUGCGUCCUUUGAUGCCCUGCUGCCUGUAGAGCUUAAAGAAAUUAUGGAGGCCGACAAGGAUGCACGUGAAAUCGUUUAUUCUUCUCACAAACAAAACGAUCCCAGUCAGCUUACAUCAAAUAUACAUCUUGGAUUUGCCGCGGCGUACCGCAAGGCCAGGGAAUGCCACCUGAAAGGCGACGCGAUUUGA